AUGGCUUCAAUGAACAUGGGCAUGUUGCCCACCAUAAAAUGCUCCAAUUGUGGGUGCAAUGUCGAGAUCUCCUCCAUGGGAGAUCAUACUUGCAUUCGAAAUGAUUUCGCCCCAGUCGCGCCUAUCCCAUCACCGCCUCCAUCGGCCGGGUUUGAAUCAGACCGAUUCAUAGAGGCAAAGGUUGGCCGGGGGCCUCCCCCGGCCAUAGACCCCUCCGCUGCAAAUCGAGCAUUCUUGCAGCCAAAUAUGCCGACACCAGCUAACAGUGUCCAUCUAUCACCCUUCCCUACCAGUCCAGCACCAUCUACACUGCGCCCGUCUCACAGCUCGACCGAGGAUCGGUUCGACAGCAAUUCUGAUACGGUCUUCUCAUUCCCCAUGCCUGGAAAUAGGUCGCCGACUGAAGUGAGGACACCAAGUCCAAUGACGGAUCGGAAUCUGCUGAAAUCACGACCGAUCCCAUCGCCGGGAAUGGGAUUGGGUGUAAGGCCAGAGAAUAUACAGCUUCCACCUAGUCCAAUGCCACCCAAGUCUCCAGAUACGAAUCAUCACAGGGAGGAUUCGGCGGUGAGCAACAGCAGCUAUCGGUCGUCUUUCGCCAGCAGUCGCUACGGCGAUUCCACAACGAGGUCAUCGACAAACAGCCUCUCGCGUGGUUUCCGGUCAUUUAUGGACGACACACCACCAGUGCCAUUGGCACCUCUCCGCACCCCCCACAAGACGUCUUUCCCCCGUGAUUCCAAUGUCUCGGUGGUUUCAUCCCGAAUUAGCAAGGAAGAAGCCAGUGGAUUCGACUUUGGUAUUCCUACAGGCCAGAACCAGACUACCGGACUACACGACCUACCGGAGGAAUCCCCUUCAUUCCAGGAUCAGACUGAAUAUAUCGCUUUCCGUCCUGGACAAACCCUCCUCCACCCCGCGACAGCGGUAGCAGAGCCAGGUAGCGAUGCGCCAAGGAAAAGCUCCAACGCAAGUACGACGAGUGCAUUCUCCGUUACAAGCUUCGCCCGAGCUCUCGGUCUGGAUGACCAGAUGAAUCACUCAGAAAGCUCUGGCUCUGAUUCAUCGCCUUCCGAUGCCCGCAGUGGUAGUUCCAUGUCCAGUCUUCCCUCAGAUGCCAGCUUGAACCGACACAAACCCACCGAUCCGCUGGGUCUAUCGCCCUUGGUUGAAGAGAGGCCAGCCCGGACCCGACAGACGAUUUUAGAAAUACCCGGCCGUACACGGAGCACCAUGGAAGACGUCCCUCCCAUCCCAGCUGCUUUCUUCAGCCCAGAUUCACCUACCGACCCUUCAAUCAACCAAGGUGGAGUGUCGUUGAUUGCAGAAAGGAAAGAACCCCCGACUCCCACACCAACACAACUAAACCCAUCUAUCCCCCGAAAGCCAGCACCACCCCAACGUUCAUUCACAGCACCCAUACCCCCCAACCAAAAACACCAACAACACCAACGCGGAAAAUCGAUUUCAUCUUCAGACGGCCGUCUGACAGGUCGAUACCACCGCGGCUGCUUCGUUUGCUUCGAAUGCCACUCCCCCUUCCAAACAGUCGAUUUCUACGUCCUCAACAACCGCCCCUUCUGCGCGCAACAUUACCACGAGCGCAACGGGUCCCUUUGCGCUGGUUGUAACACCGGAAUUGAGGGCCACUACCUAGAGACCGUCGAGCGGAACCCUGCACGACCAGAUCGCCGUCGAUUCCACACGCAGUGUCUGCAGUGUCGUACAUGUCACGUUCUUCUCAAGGGCGACUACUUCGAGUGGAACGGCGAAGUCUUCUGCGAAAGAGACGCUCGUCGAGCAGCAGCUGCCUCCCACCACCCACCACCCCCUGGUCCUCCUGGUCCUCCUGGUCCUGGUCGUCGUCGCCCGACGCCAGGCUCGUCUCCCCUGGCACAGUCUGGCCACUUCCCACCGGGUUCGUAUCCCCCACCCGGCGGACGACCUGGACCUGGACCUGGGCCGGGACUCCACCCCGGUGCUAGAUUCCCACCUGCAGUUGGAGGUGGAGGACGUUUCCCUGAACGACGCACCACUAGGCUUAUGAUGAUCUGA